UAAUUUCACAUGAUAAAGAUGGACCCGACGCUCGAGCCCGUAAAGAACGACUGUCUCUUUAAAUGAGUUCAAAGUUCACCGCUGCACGUGGUGAAAUCAACAUGGCAGCGCCCUGCGCAUUUAAGAAGUGGAACUGAAAGUAUACUAAAAGCAUCAACAGAGUGAUGGCAGCCGUAAGUGGCAGCCCAGUGGCUGAAGCAUCACCCUCAAAGGAGGAGAAGCCCGAGGAGCCUCCGCUGGACUCAGACAACGAUGAUGGUGUAAAGCCGGAUGUAGAAGCUGAAGGGGGGAACGAGGCAGUCUCUGACCCCAGCAUGUACCGCUACAUCAAAGAGGACCUCUUCACGUCUGAGAUCUACAAAGUGGAGAUCAGGAAUCUACCCAAGUUCACCGGCUUUAACGACCUGAAGAAGUUCCUGGCCAAACACAGCCUCAACCCACACAAGAUCAAGUUGUUUGGCAAGCAGACGUUUGCUUUUGUCACCUUUAAGAAUGAGGAGGAGCGUGACAAGGCCAUGAAGAUGGUGCACGGCAUGCAGUGGAAGGGCCAGGUGCUGAGCGUCAGGCUGGCCAAACCCAAAGCAGACCCCAUCCAGAGGAAGAGGAAGCAGCAGGAGGGAGAGGGCGCAGGAGGGCAGCCUCCAUCCAAGAGAACCGAGGGGGAUGAGACAGAGGAGGCGCUCAGUGUCCAGAUAGCCAACGUGGUGACUCCUCUGUGGAAUGUGCCUUAUGAGGAGCAGCUGAGGAGGAAGGAGCAGGAGGUGGAGGGGGUUCUGCAGAGGCUGGCCAAAGAGAUUGGCGGCACCAACAAAGCCAUGUUGCCAUGGCUGUUUGCGCAGAAAGGGAAAUACAACAAAAUGUGUUGUUCUCUGGAACCCAUCAGACCAUCUCCUACACAGACAGAGUACAGAAACAAGUGUGAGUUCCUCAUAUCAGUGGGUGCGGACGGCGAGGAUAAGACCAUCGGUUUCCGCCUGGGGAAAUAUAAAGGCGGCUCCUGUGCUGUGGUGGGGCCGGCGGACACGUGCCAUGUCUCAACCGAGGCUAAGAAAGUGGUCAGCGAGUUUCAGAAGUUCAUCAGGACAACAUCAUACUCUGUGUACAGUCCUGAAACAUAUGAAGGACACUGGAAGCAGCUGACUGUAAGGACUACGAGGACCAAACAAGCCAUGGCUGUAGCGUUCUUCAACCCACAGAAACUUGGAGAAGAGGAAGUGGCUGCAUUAAAGACCUCCAUGAAGAAGUACUUCACAGAAGGAGAGGGGAAAGACAGCGGCGUAACCUCUCUUUACUUCGUUAGAGAGGGUCAAAGGACGUCUCCUAACCUGGAGGACUUGCCCUGUGAGCUGGUGGCUGGAGAAGGCAGCAUUCAUGAGGAGCUUCUGGGUCUAAAGUUCAGAAUAUCUCCUCACUCCUUCUUCCAGGUGAAUACAGGAGCUGCAGAGGUGCUGUACUCUGCUGUGGGGGAAUGGGCCCAGCUGGAUGAGGACAGCACAGUGCUGGAUGUGUGCUGUGGGACCGGAACCAUCGGCAUCUCUCUGGCUAAGAGGGUAAAGAAGGUGAUUGGGAUCGAACUGUGCCAGGAAGCUGUGGAGGAUGCCAAAGUUAACGCAAAGCUCAAUGGUCUGAGUAAUGUUGAGUUUCACUGUGGAAAAGCGGAGGAUGUGUUCCCCAACAUUCUCAAUGCUCUCGUGUCCCCCAACCUCACAGCCAUUGUGGAUCCGCCGAGGGCAGGCCUACAUUCCAAGGUGAUCCUGGCCAUCAGGAGGGCAGAGCAUCUGAAGAGGCUGGUUUAUGUGGCAUGCAAUGCUAAGGCAGCCAUGAACAACUUCAUUGAUCUGUGCAGAGCGCCAUCCAACAGAGUUCACGGGGCCCCGUUCCGUCCGGUGCGAGCCAUGGCCGUGGAUCUGUUCCCUCAGACCAUGCAUGUUGAGAUGCUUCUGCUGCUGGAGAGGGUGGACUACGACUCCCAGCAGCAGACCAGCAAGCAAUGAGGAAGAGACGAGCUGGAUUUGAAACCGCCUGCGACAGUACAUACUACCGAUGAGCGCAACAUGUACUGCAAAGUCUCUCGUCGGGAGAAUACAGGGUGAAACGGUUACAUCCAUUUAUUUUUCAGUAUGCUAGGUCAGGCUUAGCUGUUUUUUGAAAACAGAAGGAAACACACGUGUUGUGUCACUUUGCAUUGUGGGACACAGAUGAGAUGGAUUGGUCCAACAUUUUGGUCCAACACACUGAAUGCUAAAUUUUGGCCCAAUCAGUACGUACUGCAGUUAUAGUACUUAUUAAAUGCACCCUGGGCUUUCCCUACUACACACACACACACACAACCCAACACACACCCCCCACAGCAGCCACACAACACAACAUCACACCACACACACAUACACACACACCACCACAAGCAACACACAUCACACACAUACUCCAAUGUAGCCAUUUGAUUCCCCCUUUGGUCAUCCUGUGCUUGAUGUUUGUUGGAAGGCCUUGUUCAUUACUUCAAAGGGUCAGUUCAACCCAAAUAUUGAUUUACUAUCUCGACGUCCUUAUCUUGAUAUGAAUAUUAACUUCAGUUCAAUUUGAUGAAUAAGUUAGUGUUACCAAUUGAGUUUUUGCUAUAACGAGCUAAUGACAUCCUUGCACUUAUGCUUUAGUUUGAGAACUUCUGUCAGCUGUGUUCACUCAAAAGUGGGUUACUUUAUGAGCCAUGUCUUAAAGCUAUUUAGAUUUAAACUUUAGUCUUUGGUUUCCUGAAACUGAUACCUUGUUAAACUGUGGGUACUAUGGAAUAGUUAACCUGAGUGUUUCAUCAUUGUGUGACUGAAUAAAACCAAACCCUUCUAGUCAUUAGUCAAGACGUUUUAUUUUGCAUAACAAAUAUCACUGAAGCAAUAGAGCUCAGGUUGCAAUACAUCAUUUUCUAGGCAGCAACAUCUCAAAACAAUUCAUUGGUACAGCUCAACAGCAACACGUGUCAAAGCAGUUAUUUUUUUCUUCUCACGCACACACUUGGCAAGACAAAUGCACAGAGGGGGG